GAGAACAAUGUUGGUGAACGUCCAUGCGGGUGUCCGAGUGCUCCUUGCGCCCCUGGGAGAGGAUGGGGGCGGAAGCGCGGGCGGAGCUGGCCCUGGUGAUAGCGCUCUAUCAGCGGCCUCAGCGCCAGCGGAGGCAGCCUCGGGGUUAUUUCUGGCGGGACAGCUGUGCUGCGGUCGGUGAACCCGGAGCGCCAGAGCCUGGUAGGGGCGUGGCGGCCUUAUCUCCUGGUUCUCGAGCAAACGCCUCCAGCUCCAGAGCAAGCCGGGCCACCAUCCUCUCGCCAUGGGCUCUGGGCCGCACGGGGCGCUGAGCCUAUUGCUCCUGCUGCUCGCGCCGCCGAGCCGCCCGGCCGCGGGCUGUCCCGCGCCGUGUCGCUGCGCCGAGACGCUCGUGGACUGCGGGCGCCGCGGGCUGACUUGGGCCUCAUUGCCGGCCGCCUUUCCACCGGACACAACCGAACUGGUGCUGACCGGCAACAACCUGACGGCGCUGCCGCUGGGGAUGCUGGACGUGAUGCCCGCGCUGCGCGCAGUGCACCUGGGCGGCAACCCCUGGCGCUGCGACUGCCGCCUGGUGCCACUGCGCGCCUGGCUGGCCGGCCGUCCAGAACGCGCGCUCUAUCGCGACCUGCGCUGCGCCGGGCCCCCAGCGCUGCGCGGCCGCCUACUGCCCUACCUGACCGAGGAAGAGCUUCGCGCCGCCUGCGCGCCCGGCGUGCUCUGCUGGGGGACGCUGGUGGCGCAGCUGGUGUUGCUCGUCCUCGGGCUGCUGCACGCGCUGCUUCUGGCGCUGCUACUGCGCCGCCUGCGGAGGCUGCGCGCCCGCGCUGCGCACCGUUGGUCGCUGACUGCCCCGCUAGUGGAGCUGGACGGAGCCAGCGAGUCCUAAGAGAAGUGGACUGGCGCCUAGCGAGGUGGGCCUGCCUACUCGCCAGGACCCUGCCCCAGGAGCCCUUCGCCCUAACCUGGACCCACUCUCCUCCACCCAGGCAUCAUCUCCCAGGCCCGCCAUCCUCUGCAGGCCUUGGUCCACCCACCGCUAACGUGCGCGAGCCCACGCUCUGGACGCUUAGGAAGGUCCAGGGGAUCAAAUGCACCCCAACCCUUUGGGGUCCCUCACGCCAAAUUCCAGUGCAGAAUAAACCCGUCU